UGAUGAUCCAAUAAAGAAUAAGAUUCCAGGCCAAUUGCGCUUCAAUUUCUAAGCUCCGUCGGGUUUGAUUACCAGAGAGAGUGGUGACAAAUCGCCUAAUCGCCUCCGCUAAGCAAAGAGCAUCCGGGUUCCCCGCCAGCUUCUGCGUUGAGCCCCUCCGCCCGCGUCUGACAUCUUUUUGCCUGGCUGCUCCCACGACACCAACCCAUUAGCUCCCCAUGCUUUCCUGCCCCUCCCUCCGCCCUCUUCCCGCGCAGGCACUCAAGAACCGGCUCCGUCUCGCUCCAACGUCUUUACUCCGGUCCUCUCCUCUUACCACUACACCAUUGCGUCAGGGUAAAGACAUUGCUACCGCGACACCUUUUAGCACUUUUCCCCGACGAAGCACCCUGGCUUUACGCUCCUCCUCGUCCCCCGCAGUGUCCCGCCUCUCUUCUCUCACUAGACACUUCUCAUCCACGUCCCCAGUCUUUGACUCAAGCAACAUGGCUCCCAUCGAGGUCAAGGAGUAUGACUACAUCGUUAUCGGUGGUGGUAGCGGUGGUAGUGGUAGCGGACGUAGAGCCGCCAGCUACGGCGCAAAGACGUUGAUCGUGGAGAGUGGUCGCGCGGGAGGUACCUGUGUCAACGUUGGUUGCGUCCCCAAGAAAAUGACCUGGAACUUCGCCUCCAUCAACGAGAACCUCCACGCCGCCAAGCACUACGGAUACGACGUCGACGCCAACGUUGCGAAGAACUACCGUCAUUUCAAGGAACUCCGGGACGCCACGAUCAAGCGGUUGAAUGGUAUUUAUGAGCGCAACUGGGGCAAUGAGGGCAUUGAUCUCGUUCACGGCCGUGCCACCUUUGUCGAACCCAAGGUCAUCGAGGUGACCCUCGAAGAUGGAAGCAAGGCGCGGUACAGAGCGCCUCACGUCCUGGUUGCCGUUGGUGGACGGCCCGCCAUCCCCGAUGUCAAGGGCGCGGAGCACGGUAUCACCAGUGAUGGGUUCUUUGAGAUCGAGGAAUUGCCCCCCAAGAUUGCUGUCGUUGGUGCGGGUUACAUCGCGGUUGAGUUGGCGGGUGUCAUGGGUGCGGUGGGCGUUGAGACACACAUGUUCAUCCGUGGCCAGGAGUUCCUGCGCAAGUUCGAUCCCAUGAUCUCGAAGACCAUGACGGAGCGGUACGAGGCCACUGGCAUUCAUAUUCACAAGCAGCACUCUGGCUUCAAGGAGGUGCAGCUGCUGCGGGACGGUAAGGGCAAAGACAAGUUGCUGAAGCUGAUCUCUCACGACGGAUCGGAGAUCGAGGUCAACGAGCUUCUCUGGGCUGUGGGUCGUCUGCCUGAGACCGAAGAGCUGAACCUUGAGAGCACCUCUGUUCAAGCCAACAAGUCUGGCUACAUCGAUGUGGAUGACUACCAGAACACCAGCGCAGAAGGCGUCUAUGCCCUUGGUGAUGUUACCGGUCGUGCUGAAUUGACUCCUGUCGCCAUCGCCGCCGGCCGCCUGCUCAGCAACCGCCUCUUCGGACCCGAAAAGCACCGUGACGACAAGCUUUCCUACGAAAACAUCCCCACCGUCGUCUUCUCCCACCCCGAAGUUGGCACCAUCGGUCUUACGGAACCUGAAGCCCGCGAGCGCUACGGCGACGAGAAUAUCAAGAUCUACCACACCCGGUUCACGGCCAUGUACUACAGCGUGUUCCCGGCCGAGGAGAAGGCCAAGAACCCGACUGAGUUCAAGCUGGUGUGCGCCGGACCCGAGGAGAAGGUCGUUGGUCUGCACAUUCUGGGUCUCGGUGUUGGUGAGAUGCUGCAGGGCUUCGGUGUGGCGAUGAAGAUGGGUGCCACCAAGGCGGAUUUCGACAACUGUGUUGCUAUUCACCCGACCAGCGCGGAGGAGUUGGUCACUUUGCGGUAGAUGUAAAUUAGAUGUAUAGACAUACAAUAUAUUUCAUUGAAUUCU